AAACUUUUAAGACACCACCCACCACUUCACUACACCCCCACCCCCACCAUUCUCUCUUCUCUAUUGUCCCUAUCUCUAUUCUUGUGUUGCAUAUUAUAUUUAUUUCUCUUCAGAAAAUAUGUACAUAAUUAAUUUCACUUGUUGAAUGUGCUUUUGUAAUUGUAUAUUUUUUCUUUCAUUAAAUUAUGGCGGGUGCAAGUACAAAUUUUGAAGAAAACGAUGAUGAUGAAUAUAAUGGAGUAAUUAGUAGACAAGAAGUUCAAGCUGCCAUUGCUAAAGCUGUAGAACUUAGAGCUAUUCAUGCCUCUUUAUUACAGGGUAUUAAUAAUAAUAAUAAUAGCCCUGCUAAUUUUAUCAAGUGUCCUCCUCAUUCUUCUUCUUCUUCUUCCCCUGCUGCUAAUCUCUUUUCUGCUCAAGAUUAUCCUAUUUUUACACCAAGUUAUGAAGAUGCUCCAUUACCUGGAUCUAAACAACUACACCUCGAUGAUCGAGACUAUGCUGAUCUUUGGGAUGAUAAUGGUCUUGGUGGAGUAACAAAUUGUGAUGAAGUUAGUCUAUCGAAUGACAGAAAGGCGAAUUCCUCCUUAAGGAAAGGAAUUUCAUCGAAUAUGAUCAAAUCGGAAUGUCAUAACUGUCCAACUGAUGAUCAGAGAUUGGUCACCGGCUCUUCUACUGGUCAUAUCACUCUGCUUAGAAACUCUCCUGGUGGUGAUUACUCUAACUCUAGAAGAAGCUCUUUGGGUGACUUGAGAUCAUUUUCGUCUUACAAUAGAUCAUGUAAACCUGCUAUAGUAAGUGCUGAGACAGAUGGUGCUAGCAGAAGUGGGAAAACGUCUAAUGUAAUCGUGCCAUUGACAAAUUCACACUCUUUAAAUCAAUUGCAGCAAAAGAGUAAAGGAAUGAACUUGUCGUGGUUGUUCCCUAAGUUAAAGAAGAAAAACAAGAAUGAGAAUUCACCAUAUCGGAGAGAGGCUGAGGAGGUCUCUCAGAUUUGUAAGGAUCAUAUCGGGGUGGUUUCUGUUGAAACGUUGAGGAAAGAACUCGCGGUAGCAAAUGAAAGCAGAGAGGCAGCCUUGAUGGAAGUUGCGGAAAUGGAGAGUUAAAGCACAAAAUGGAGUACUUAGAAACUUAUUGCGAGGAGCUUAAGAAAGCCUUGAGAGAAGCAAUUCAAACAAAAGAAUCUCAAGUAUCUAACAUG